AUGCCGUCCUCCGCGGAGAACAGCGUGGGGACGAGGACGAGGAUGACCCCGCUCGGGAGCAGGUCCAUCUCCGCGGAUUUCCCCGAGGAGACGGUCGUGGGUUUCGACACCGGAUCCCUGCCCGGCGUGAGCGAGUUGGCUGCGGCGUCGCCUCCCAUGUCCCCCGGCGGCCUCUCGAGGUCCAUCUCCGCGCUCCGCGGCGAGCUCUCGUCGGUGAACGGUUUUAAAGGCGGGGUCGAACCCACCAUCACCGUCCCCGUCGUGACCACCGCGCAGCGACCGACGAUGCACGCCCGAGGACGCGCCGGUCUCUCCCCGGAGAAGCCCCCGAUCCACCGCGCCGCCGGCGGGAGCGGCUUGCUCUCCGGCCGGCUGGAGGCGCUCACCGCCGACGAGGAGGCGAUGCUCCUCGCCGCGCAGGCUCGCCACGACGCGUUUUCCUCUCCCGCGGUGGUGAGCGCGUUCAGGGUGGCUGCCGCCGCGCACCGCGGUCAGCUGCGCAAGAGCGGCGACAGCGUCCUCUCCGCUCAGGUUGGCACGGCUCUCAUCGUCGCCGAGCUCGGCAUGGACAGCAAGGUUGUCGCGACGGCGCUCCUCCACGACGUCCUCGACGACACGCCGGUGACGGAGCGCGAGCUCAGGAACACGACGCCGGACUCCAUCGUGACCAUGGUGACCGGCGUGUCCAAGCUCUCGCUCGUGUCCCAGCUCCAGCGCUCCAGCGGCAGGUCCCUGGCGCGAGAGGAGCGCCUGAAGCUCCGCGCGCUGCUCGUCGCGAUGACGGAUGUGAGAGUCGUCAUCGUCAAGCUCGCGGAUAGGCUCCAGUGCCUCGAGACCAUCCACGCGCUCGGCGAGGACACCGCCACGCGAAUCGCGCAGGAAACCCUCUCCAUCUACGUCCCCCUCGCGUCGCGCCUCGGCAUCUGGAGCCUCAAGACGCGCCUCGAGGAUGCGUGCUUCGCGUACCUGCACCCCGAGGCGCACGCGUCGCUGAGCGCCGAGCUCGCGCGGGACGAGCAAAAGGCGGCGGUGCAGCGCGCCGUCGAGGACAUCACCUCCACGCUCGUCGCCGACGCGGGCAUCUCCGACGUUCACGACAUCUACGGCCGCGCCAAGAGCCUCUUUUCGGUGCACCGCAAGAUGCUCCGCAAGGGGAUCGCGCUCGGCGACGUGCACGACUUGAGGGCGGUUCGCGUCAUCGUCGACUCGGAGGACGACUGCUACGCCGCCCUCGAGGCUAUCCACGGCAAGUUCGCCCCGGUCCCGGGCAAGACCAAGGACUACGUGCGCAACGCCAAGGUGAACGGCUACCAGAGCCUGCACACCGUCGUCGUCGCCGCGGAUGGAGCGCCGGUUGAGGUGCAGAUUCGCACCGCCGAGAUGCACCGCGCCGCUGAAUCCGGCAUGGCGGCGCACUGGAGGUACAAGGAGAGCGUCGUCAACCACAGGGCGAUCGACGUGCAGGUGGCGUGGGCGAGGUUCAUGCUCUCGUGGCAGGGGCAGCUCGUGGAUGACAAGUGCAGAGCCGCGGGGGUUCGCAUCGCCACCGCGAUGGGCGCCGGCGGCGGAUCCGUCGAGCUCGAGGCUCUCCAGCCGUGCGUCCCGUGCGAGUGCCCGUUCCCCGCGCACUGCGACGACUGCCCGAACCACGAGGACGCCAUCCUCUUCGGCGCGUGCGGCGCGUGCGGCGGCGCGGAGAGCUCCGUGUCUUCCCUCGUGAGCGCGGAUUCCGCGAGCAUGUCCAAACAGCGCCGGCCCGCGUCGUCGCCGCUCGAGGUUUCGGCUCCCAUCUUCGUCGUCGUCGUCGUCGACGGCGACAUGGCCGUCGUCGAGCUCGCGAAGGGUGCGAGGCUCUCCGACGUGGACUUCGCGUCCGUGUGCGGGGACGAGCCGGGAGCCGUUCGGACGGCGGAGUUCACCGCCGUCGAGUCGAUCGCCGUCAACCGCGAGAGCGUUCCGCCGGGGGCCGAGCCGGCUGUCACGCUCCGAAUGGGCGACCUGGUGGAGGUUCGUCGCCGACGCCUCGGGGGCUCGCCGGAAGGGUCGCCGUCCACGGGUUCGAAGCUGAGCCACGCGGCGGCGGCGGCGAUUGAGGAGCAGCGACGCAGGCUGAGCAGCACGCUUAAGAUGGACGUGUCGUCCCUCGACGGCGGCGUCAGCAACGUCGUGCAGAGGCCCGCGGUUCAUCAGCCCGAGGGAUUCUUCCCUUGA